UGCUUGCUAAUUAGAGAGAGAGGGACAGUUAGAGACAAACCUAAGAGUCUUUAGUAACAGAGAGACAGCACCACACUACAUUAGACAGAGACUGCCUGACAUUACACAGAGAGGGUACAAAGAAACUGACAGAGACAGUCUCUGCACAAUGAGAGAAUCUCACAGACUGCCUCCACUACACAGAGAGUGACCUGCUAAUAUACAACCACCAGCCUGAGAGACUGCAGGGAGAAGAGACAUCCCUCACCCCAUUCCUAUAAAAGUCGGUGGCUGACCGUGCCUUCAGAAAAAGCCAAUAGGAGUUGUCAGGAGGAAAAGUGACGCAACGUUUGGCAGAGGUAUUGGAAGAAUGGCAGCGCUAGGCGGUUACUGUGAACACAAUGGCAGCGUGUCGCGGGCUUGGCUGGACAAUGGACUGUCCCCUUGUUUUUACUUCACCUUGGUCCCAUCCGUUCUCCUCAGCUUCUCUUUUCUUCUGGGAAGCCUGCAGUCCGUCUUUUACGCCAAGCAUAGCAGGACAAUGGAGCCCAAGUACAUGCCCAAGUCCCGGCUUUACCGCCUGCAGCUGGCGCUAUCCGUUGUGCUGAUAGCCCAGGCUCUGGGGGGUCUGAUCUGGCAGGCUGCGGGCACUAAGGUCUUGUAUGGGUACAUGAUCGUAUAUGGCUGCCUGUCCGUAGGGGCUUGGGGCUUCAGCAUCUGGCUGCUUCAUUUGGAGCGGACGAGGGCCCUCGAGCGAGAGCGGAGUAAGGGCCACGGAGUGGUGCUCCUUCUCUUCUGGGCACUGGCCUUUGCUGCAGAGAACUUGGCAUUCAUAUCAUGGAUGAGCCCUCAUUGGUGGUGGACAUCGAUGGAGAACGUGUCACAAAAGGUGCAGUUUGGUUUGUGGACUCUGCGAUACGUCUGCACUCUGUUCCUAUUCAUGUUAGGAUUCGUAGCGCCUGGGCGACCACACAAGCCAUACGUUCUCCUUAUUAAUGAAGAUGAAAGAGAUAUCGAGAACACACAGCCACUGCUCAGAAACCCAAAUGAAUCCACAUGGCAGGGUUUCUGGAAGAAGGUCCGUCUUCUCGUACCGUACAUGUGGCCUCGAGGGAACGUAUUUCUGCAGCUCCUGGUUCUCCUCUGCAUGGGACUGAUGGGGCUGGAGCGGGCCAUCAACGUCUUUGUUCCCAUCUACUACAAGACUAUAGUGGACCAGCUGACGGAGGGCUCUCCGUGGCACACCCUGGCGCUCACCGUCUGCAUAUACGUUCUGCUCAAGUUACUUCAGGGCGGAGGAGCAGGUGCGACUGGCUUUGUUAGUAACCUGCGCAGCUUCCUGUGGAUCCGCGUGCAGCAGUUCACAAACCGGGAGGUGCAGAUCCGCCUGUUCGCCCACCUGCACGCCCUUUCUCUGCGCUGGCAUCUUGGCCGAAAAACGGGUGAAGUGUUACGCAGCAUAGACCGAGGCACCAGCAGCAUCAAUAGUCUCCUGAGUUACAUUGUGUUCAGCAUCCUUCCCACCAUCGCGGACAUUAUCAUCGGCAUCAUCUAUUUCACCUCUUCCUUCAACGCCUGGUUUGGACUGAUCAUUUUCGUCUGCAUGGCCUUGUACAUAACCUUGACCAUCAUCAUCACAGAAUGGAGGACUAAAUACCGCCGGGAUAUGAACACCAGCGACAACGAGGCCAAAUCUCGGGCUGUGGAUUCGUUGCUGAACUUUGAAACGGUGAAGUACUACAAUGCCGAGUCUUAUGAGGUGAACAGGUUCAAUGAUUCCAUAGUGAAGUACCAGGUCUCGGAGUGGAAGGUUAACGCAACGCUCGCCUUCUUAAAUCAGACGCAGAACCUGAUCAUCGGGUUCGGGCUGCUGGCCGGGUCCCUUCUCUGCGCCUACUUCGUCACCGAGAACAAGUUCAAAGUUGGCGACUUUGUGUUGUUUGGCACUUACAUUAUCCAGCUGUAUACGCCUCUGAACUGGUUUGGCACGUACUACAGGAUGAUUCAGAAUUCCUUCAUUGACAUGGAGAACAUGUUUGAGCUGUUCAGCGAAGAACAAGAGGUGAAGGAUUUGGUGAACGCCCCAGGGCUGAGGUUCCGCUUGGGAAAAAUUGAGUUUGAGAACAUUCAUUUCAGCUACGCGGACGGGAGGGAGAUUCUGCGUGACGUCUCUUUUACCGUGAUGCCGGGGCAGACAGUCGCACUGGUGGGACCAUCUGGAUCCGGAAAAAGUACUAUCAUACGGCUGCUCUUCCGCUUCUAUGAUGUCAAAGGUGGCAGCAUCAGGAUAGAUGGGCAAGAUAUCUCCACAGUCUUGCAGGCGUCUCUGCGCUCCCAUAUUGGGGUGGUACCCCAGGACACUGUACUCUUCAAUGACACCAUCCGUAACAAUAUCCGCUAUGGCCGAGUCACUGCCACAGACGAGGAGGUGGAGCAGGCGGCCAUUGCAGCUGAUAUCCACGAGCGGAUCCUUACUUUCCGUGAUGGUUACGACACUCAAGUUGGAGAACGAGGCCUAAAACUGAGCGGUGGAGAGAAGCAGCGAGUCGCCAUUGCCCGAACCCUUCUAAAGGGGCCACAGAUUGUCAUGCUGGACGAGGCCACCUCUGCCCUGGACACAGAAACUGAGCGCAACAUCCAAGCAUCGCUGGCCAAAGUCUGCGCCAACCGCACCACGCUUGUGGUUGCCCAUAGACUGUCCACGAUCAUCAGCGCCGACCAGAUCCUGGUUCUGAAGGAAGGGCAGAUCGCAGAAAGAGGGAGGCAUGAUGAGCUGCUCGCCAAGGGCGGCAUCUACGCGGGAAUGUGGCAGAAACAACAAAGCGCCAACGAGUCGUCCUCUGACUCCGAGUCUGAAAGAAAAGAUCGGGCGUCCGAGAAACUACAGCAGCCAAAACCAGCGCUGAGGAAACCUCAUCACUGACGUCCAAGCCAAGAACCGCGGCGACAGAAUUAGAGUUCUGGGCGGAUUCAGUCCGGCCGUGACCGUAUUAUGGGAAAUCAGUGCCGCACAUAAAUGACUGAACCUAAAGACUAUUUGAAUCUAAUCUAUUGUCCUCUGUUAUCAGCCACCUCAGGCUAAUGAUCAUAGACUGACGGAAAGCCCAGAUCUUCACAUACCUGAAGUCCUCCAGACACAUCUACAGCCACACAUCAGCUGCCCGUCUUACAGUGCUCCACUCUAUUAUGCUGCCCCACCUCUAGGGGGCCCUCCAGGGGUCCAGGAGAUCUGGGCUGCUGUAUGUGGGGCCCUUGCUACUGAAUUUCUUUCAUGGAUUGGUGACUACCUGCCUUCCUCCAGAUCUGGUCUGUAGGCACCAUGACCACUCAAGCAGAUCUCCGCACCCUACAUCUUCCGGGACCCUUGUAAGGAUGCAUUGGAGGAGGAAGCAGGACUUAAAGGACUUUUCCUGUCAUGUAAAGUUAGGAUAUGGUAUUGCUUUAUAAUCGGUGGGGAUCCGACCUUUGGAAUCUCCACUGAUCCUGAGAAUGAGGGGUCCAUGUUGUUGCACCCCAGCCACGCAGUCAGGGAACUGCAGUCAGCUCUGCCCAGGGGGCGCCGCUGUGCAACGAAUAACAGCGCUACGCCAAUGCUAGGGCCCCUUCAUUCUCACGAUCGGUGGGGGCCCAAGAGGUCAGACCUCGACCAUCAUGUAGCAAUAUGCCUUCAUUUUACAUGAUUGGAAUACCCCUGUCCAUUUUUCCCUAUUAGAACAUAUUGACCUCACAAAGGGGAGUCCGUUACUCUGGACCUCUCUCUGAGCCCGUCUGUCCCCGUCCGGCCCGGUCUGAACCCUCCUUGUAUUCAUCUGAAUAGCCGCCAUAUAAUGCUACGUUUCCCAUGGCCAAAUCAGCUGCUUGUUGUGGGUGCCGGGAUUGGAGUGCUCUGAUCAGACAACCCCCUUUAAAGGGUUCAUGCACACAGCUGCAUGUGUAAGACGGAACGUGGCUCUGAAGGACGAAGCUGUGAGCCGCUGUAUAGUACCGCAACGUGGUAUCCUACGAUCCCAACAAGUAAUAGCACAAUGGAGCGAUCAGAGGCAUCUGGGCGUACAGUAGGGGCCCGUAGACCUGUAUGGGCACUGUGUGACGUCUCUGUGCCACGAGAACUUGUACGGGGCCACAUGCACAAGACUUAACUGCACUAAAACCUGAUGGUGGAGAAUGUCCGUGUUCCGCCGUGGAUUUUCCGUGCUGCGCAAAUAUGUCCCGUGUGCAUUGACCCUUUGGUGCAACCCAAACAGAUUACAGAUGCAAUAGAGGUAAAAGUUGUAAAUGUGAUGCCGCUGUUGUGACAGGACAGCUGUCAGCCAUCACCCUGCUCAGAUCUGCCAGGUCAUUUGAAAAAGAAUAUAGGAUGAGCGGCAAUCGGACUGACAUGAUGCCGCUUAUCACAGUAAAAAUAAAAUCCAGCACAUCCCAUGUCUAGAUACCAGGCGUCAGGGGACUUCUCUAUGACCGCCUUCUACUUUUGAUGCCUCGUACACACCUGUGCCGUGUGUGUGUACAUCCGGAAAGCCCUACCGGACCUCAGGGUUAGAAUACCUCAUCGCCCCUCCUCCGCUUUUAAAUUCAUGUUUUGUAUGAUUUCACGGGUCUUUUGAUUACUCGGCGGAGGAAGGGAAAUGAAUAUUUAUUCUACAGCGACGAAUGAGCGGAAUCAUAGAUUGUAUUAUACAGAAUAAAAACCAGAAAUUC